UGGUGAUCUCCAAGAAUAACUGGGGGUUACCGUGGGACUGGCCGGGACCAGCCACAGAUUCCCACGACCCCUCCUCCACCACACACACACACACACACACACACGCGGGCUGCACAGGCGCUCACGCAGAGGAAACAGAGGCAGAGCAGCUUUGCACCACUUUUUUUGUGAGACUGUUAUUUACUAUAAAAGCUUCAUUCCAGGCUCAGCAGCAGCAGCAGCCGCAGUAACGUUGACUCACACAGCGAAGACAAGGAUGAACCCCCCCGUCUUAAUCCGAGGAGGAAUGAGAUGAAAGUGUGGAUUUCCCCGCGAAGCGAAGUGCUGCAGGAGAAGACUGGCGGUGUGAGUGGGAGGAAGAACGCAACUCGGGCUGGUUUUAUUCCGAUAAUGCCGAGGAUCCAGCAUCUGCUUCGGAUUUACCUCCAAAACCAGUCUGAAGCCAGAGGAUGACAGCAGCCAGUCCAUCCUGCAGCCCCACCUCCUCCCUCUCCACCCAGUUCUCACCCGCUUGCCUCCCAGCAUCAUGCCACAGACACCUGAGGAAAGGCCAAGCCCUCCGGACCACACUGCCCCUGCGCUCCGCCCCCGGCGCCUGGCUUCUGCUGGGUGUGGUGGUGGUCCUGGUGGGGAUGAGUGUAGCAGUGGCGGGCUACGUAUCGGCAGUACCGAAGCCCAUGGGCGGCCGCGGCAGCACCCACGCCGAGAGGAUGAAGCUGACCGGGCCCGUGGUCAUGGGCGUGGGCCUGUUCAUCUUCAUCUGCGCCGCCACGCUGCUGUACGAGAACCGGGACCGCGAAGUCCUCAGACACGAGACGUCUGACGACAUUGAGGAUCUGAAGGGAGGAUACGGCUGGGAGGACUCGCAGGAGCAGCCCAGCUUCGGCUGCCCGGAGCAGGGGGAGUGUAGAGACGGAGAGCAGGGAUCCUGGGCCACGCCGGCCCACACACUCCCCCUCUCAAAGCAGAGCUGGGGGCCUCCUCUUCCUCCCUCUCUGCCUCGCACCAACGGACACAACAUCAGCAGCGGACCAUCUCCACUGCCUCCCCCGGACGCAGGAGGUGGAGACAAAGAGAAGGUGCAAAUUCAGGUGGAGGAGGAGGACGAGGAGAGGGAGGGAGGGUCAACCCUGCUGGCCCGAGUUCUGCACCACCAGGAACCGACUCCUCAGCCUCCGUCCCCCUGCCGGUCCGUCUCCCCCUCCUCCGUCUACUCGGACUCCUGCAACUCCAGCGAGAUCCACUUCAACCUGCGGACAGACUCUCCUCCGCCGCCUCGACGCUGAGCCCCCCACCAGUUCAGCUCCUGCUGUCUCAUGAAAUAUGCAUGAUGAGAUACCUUUUCAAAGUUCCACGUGCAGACACGCAGUAAAGACCAGGACUCGUCAUUCCUCAAUAAACAGAUGAAAUGUUUGUUUGCAUGUUUUCGUCCCUCCGAUUGGCACAGCGGCUCUGAGUCACCGUCUGUGGAGGUUGUUUUUUGCCCUACAUCGUCCUCUGACUCACUCACAUUUGAAAGAUUGGAGCGAUGCCGUUUGAUGUCAACUCGGCAUCUUGUUUGUCUUUGAACUCACCCGUGCCCAAAAAUCCCUAAAGCCACUGAUUUUUUCUCUGACCAUAUUUGGCCGCGAGGAGGAUUGCUGAAAAGUUAUUUGGGUGGCACACUCAGUCCUUGGCUUUCCCCUCUCGCACUAACACACACACACACACACACACACACACACACACACACACACACCCCUGCCGAGGAGCAGUGUCUACAUUUCUUUUCUGGAGAGGUUCGGUUAAGAGGAUGAGCCGGAUUAGGCCUCACACGAGUCUUUAUCUAAUCUCACACAUACUGCAAUCUCCUCUUUAUCUGAGCAAAUUGUGUCUCAGUAUAAACAAGAGACGCACACAAAGGCCACACUCCUCUCACUCCACACCUACAGCCACGCUAUAAAUACCAGCUGAUGCUUUGUACACAUGCAAGUGUGGACACCACACUGUAAUUCAACUUUUUUUUUUUUUCACACUGUCAGCUGCUCAGUCUUCUCUCGAGUGUGGCGAGGGGAAAUCUUCAAGAGUCCGGAUAGACGGAGAGAGCAAGGACUUAAAAAGCUAAAUCCGCGGUGAUGCUGGCGAGUUAUUCCUGACACAGCUCAACUGAGAAAAGCUUGUCCUCUCUCUCCCACCAUCCCGAACUUUCAUCUCCCUCCUCAUCAUCAUCGGUUUCCUACGCUUUAUUCAAAUCCCCCAUCCUCCGUCUCAACCCUUAGCUUCUGCAAAACAGCAAGACGGAGAAAAAUAGGGCAAAACGAGGGCAAGUGAAAAAAUGUUAUCAGACACAAUUAAGCCAAAUGAGCGCGUUUGAACAGUCGAAUGGGGUAAAGUUUCAGGAUUUUAAUUAUCACCAGCAUUUUCUCCCGAAGCCUCUAAUUACACUGGGGAUCAGACUGAAGGUUUUUAUAGGUGCUUUAGGACUGCAGAGUAUUUCCUUUUGUUUGGGCCCAUGCUGGGAUCCUGCCAUCCAGAUGACGACCGAGACUGAAGUGUUCAGUAGUUUGCAGCCGCUCUCUAAAAACCUCUCUCGCCCUGAGUGGGGGGUUCUGUAGGCUGCUCUGAGAUUUAUAUUUCAGUUGCAGGGAUGAGCUGGCUGAGGUGUUUGCCUGGACUCCUUUGUAACUUAUCGCUCAGAAAAGCAGCUCUCUCCUCUCCUCCUCAGCGUGACAUGAUGUGUUCAUCAUUUAGAAAGAAAACGAUGCUGGAUGAUAGAGCCACAAUUUACAAUUAUCUUUCAUCACUGAUUCAUCCGCAGGUAAUUUUCUUGGUACGGGUCAGACGGCCAGGGUAGGAAGUUCAGGUUUUCUAGAAGCUGUUAAGUAAGUUUUUUACUUCAACUCCACAGUCGUUCUGGUGCAGUUUCUGUUUCGAUUAUUCUAUCCACCACAUUCAUAUCAGCGAGGGGAGGUAAAAAACAAAACAAAAACAGAAACACCUCUUUGUACAAGAACUACAUAUCUUUAUAUCCAAUAUGAAAGCUGUCGGAAAAAUGAAAAUGACAAGGGCGCUGAAUCAGGAGCAACUGGUCUUGGUCGUAGAUUCGUGUAGGAUCCAGUUGCUGCUGAUUCAACGCCCUUAGAUAACUUUGACCUGGAUGAAUGAAAGUCUCCGCAGACAUCUUCAGAUUGCUUGUCCUGUCCUGACAACAGUUCAGAGCUCAACAAACAUGAGUUUACCAUCAUAUAAGACAAAGACGAGCAGCAAAUCCUCACGUUCAAGAAGUUUUUCUCCAAAAAAAGGAUUCGUCAGAUUCAUUGAUUAUCAAAGAUGUUUACGAAUAAACUUGAGUGGAACAACUGAACCAGUA